CAUCGGCCUCAGUUAGUGUGUUGUGGAGAUGAGGACGAGAAUGGAUCACGCCGUGGGAACCACAUUGGUGGUGCUUCUACUUCUCCAAAGCACAUACACACUCUCGCUCAGCACAGAUAAGAGAGGGGGGACCUCCACUGCCAGCUCUGCAGCGAAACCUCCAGUUCGCUCUGCCCCAGCCGCACCAGCCGCCCCAGCCCCAGCUGUCCCAGCCCCAGCUGCGCCGUCUGCCCCUGGAGCCAAGCCUGCCCCUGUCCCUUCUGCCCCCGGUGCCAAACCAGCCCCUGCUGCCCCCGUCCCUGGGGCUGCUGGUGCCGCCCCAACACCACGCCCUGCAUCUGCCUUCCUGGGCACCAAGGAAUGUCUGGACAGGAGGUUCACACACCUAACCUGCAGUAAGGUCCCCUGUCCUACAGGGCGGCGCUGUGUAGCGGGAAAGACGGAGUGCGAGUGCGAGAUGCAGUGCCCUGUUGUAGCGGCCAACCAGUCGGUCUGUGCGGAUGAUGGGAAAAAGUAUGCGAGCGCCUGCAACGUUUUGGCCCAGAACUGCAAGAAGGUGGGACGGGUUCGCUUCUCUCAUCCUGGAGCCGACUGUACUGCGGCCAAUGUCUUCACCACAACUCUCAAGACAGAUAAGCAGAUUAUUGAGGUGAAGCUGCCCAACACUGGAACUCGAGCCCUGAUGUGUCAGAACGACAGACUGAACAUUGUUGCCUCCCACGUGAUCUGUCGUCACAAUGUGGACAAGUUGGCAAAGAUUUCUCCCAGUAUGAAGUAUGAGGAUGCUCUGAAAUUUGAUGCCCGCCUUCCAGAUGUGUGUGUUGAGGUGUUGUGUAAAGGCCAUGAAUACUCCCUGGCUGAGUGCAAAAUAGGCCAACCAACUAAACUGAAACCCAACAGUCACAUUGCACAAAUCCAGUGCUACAAGGAAAAUCCAAGAUACCAAGUUUCAGGUCAAAACUGUGAAUUCCAGUGUGCAAAUGGAAGGUGUAUCAAGCUCAGUAAUACGUGUAAUGGAGUCAACAACUGUGGAGACGGCAGUGACGAGAUGUGCUGCAAAGAAUGUCGUCCCGGAGCUUUCCAUUGCAAGUCUGAUGUGUGCAUUCCUUACUUCGCUCGUAAGGAUGGAGUACAAGACUGUCUGGAAGGGGAGGAUGAGCUUGCUCUUCCUGACACAGCACCUCCAUCCGCCUACCUGAGCUCCCAGGAGUGUCUGAACCAGAAGUACACACACCUAUCCUGCAGUAAGACCACCUGCCCUCCAGGGCGGCGCUGUGUGGAGGGCAAGGCAGAGUGCGAGUGUGAGAUUCCCUUGAACUGCCCCUCUGCAGCGGCCCAGCAGACGGUGUGCGCAGAUGAUGGAACUGAAUACGCCAGCGCAUGCAAGAUCAAUGCUCUCACGUGUACGAAAGUGACUGCGGCCCGCUUCUCUCACACUGGAACCAAAUGUAGUGCGGCCAGUGCCUUCACCACAACUCUCAAGACAGAUAAGCAGAUCAUUGAGGUGAAGCUGCCCAACACUGGAACUCGUGCCCUGGUGUGUCAGAACGACAGAAUGAACAUUGCUACUGCUCACAUUGUGUGUCGUCACAAAAUGGACAGGUUGGCCAAGACUGCUCCUAAUAUGAAGUACGCGGAUGCUCUGAAAUCUGAUGCCCGCCUUCCUGAUGUGUGCGUUGAUGUCUUGUGUAAAGGGCACGAAUACUCCCUGGCUGAGUGCAAAAUAGGCCAACCGACUCAACUAAAACCCAACACUCACAUAGCACAAGUCCAGUGUUACAAGGAUCCAAACCCACAAGGUCAAAACUGUGAAUUCCAGUGUGCAAAUGGAAGGUGUAUCAAGCUCAGUAAUACGUGUAAUGGAGUCAACAACUGUGGAGACGGCAGUGACGAGAUGUGCUGCAAAGAGUGUCGGUCUGGAGCUUUCCAUUGCAAGUCUGAUGUGUGUAUUUCUGACUUCGCUCUUAAUGAUGGAGUUCGGGAUUGUCUGGGUGGGGAGGAUGAGGCUAUGGUCAGCACUGUGUAAAUAAUUCACAUUUCUUCCAAACAGUCACAUAAUUGCACUUUUAGAAAGCUUGUCAUUUCUAGGUGACGAUAUAACUAAUACAUUUUCAAUGAAAUUAGAAACUAAAUGCCAUAGUUGCAGAAAUUGUCAAUUACUGCUAUUCCUGUAAAUCAUUCUUUUGGACAUGACCGACAUUAAAAAAUAAAAUAAUCUAA